GUGGGCACCCGUGGACAAGCGGGGAACGGCCUCGUGCGCGUGGACCGACGGGGGCCAAAGGUGAGCGUGUUGCCGCUUAUUCCAUCAUGCAUGCCAUGAUCCUGCGGAAUCGCGGUGAUCGCCCGGGGGCCACUGCUGUGCUCAGGAGCCUCGCGGAGAGGGCUGAGCGCGGCCUAGCGGCAGAGUUGCUGGUGGACGCCUACCUUCAACUGGCUGAAUGGCUGAUGGCAGAAGACGUCGAGGAAGCCGAGAAGUGGGCCGAGGCAGCCGUGAGACUCCGGAACAAGGAUCCUAUGGCCCAUUUCAGACUCGGCUCCAUCCAGGGCGCCAAGGGGGAUCAGCUCCAGGCGCUGCGCAGCUUUCAGAACGGCCUCCGCCUGAGCGAGCCGGGCAGCCCCAUCCACGAAGAGAGCAGGAGGAUCGUCGCGGCCGUGCAGGCCACAUUAGGCUUGACCUCCGGACAUGGGAAGAGGCCACAGUCUGCAGGAGACGAAGAGGCCUCCGCGACGGUGCAGACGUCGGCUCUCUUAGGUGACCUGUAA